UGGGAUUACUGACGAUCCAAUUUUUCAGAUUUCAGAAGCUUCAUCAAUGGGAGGUUUUUAUGCUAAUCUUCAUCUCAUUCGCCGAAGUCAUCGAGCUGGCGUCGCGUGCGGUGUUGGGGAGGUUCUACGACGGUGAUGGUUGAGCCGUUCAUGAGGGAGCACGCGUUGGGGACUGAGAUCGAGGUUAAUCCGAAGACGAAGAAUGCAAUGGGGAUUGUGAAGACGCGAGGUGUAUUGGCGGUUCUCAACGAGUUUGGGGACCAAUCGCCUGAUAUUGGGAUCCGAGAUCGUGAGUUGGACCAUGAUUUCAUGCCCGACUUGCACGAAAGUUUGGUUUGUGCUCAAGAUUGGCUAAGGGCAGGCUCUAGAGGUUUGUUGAACAAGGAUUUGCUUAUAGUUUUGAAGGUCUUAACCAUUCCGUCAAUAGUUGCCAGUUGAAAAUGAUAAGAUCGGAGGACAGCAAAGUCUACCAACAGAGGAUAAGCAACAAGAAACUAAACAAACUGAUGGUGGAUUUUGAUAGUGGACUUUUACUUGAUUAAUUGAUUGAUAUUGAUGACAGGGAAAUCACAUUCAUAUAUAUAUUAUAUAUAACAGAGGUGGUGCAAUGUUUAUAUAUUGGGGAUUUUAGUUGGUUAUUCCUAACAAUGAACCUGGUCCACCACUUUGCAAAAUAUAGGCUUGUUCUUUAUUA